UUUGGAAGAAACAUUUCACACUAUACAACUGCCACUGUCACUCCCACUGUUAGCUACUUACAAAAGAUUCAAUCUUUAUUCAACUGGAUAUGUCUGAUUUCACCAAUCUGUUUCCGUCCUUGUAUCCAUCAGAAUCAUCAAACUCGGAUCUUGUCAACAAUAGAACCACCACCACCGCCGCCAAUAUUGAAAUAGAAGAAGAGGUUCAUUUGGCUUCAAGCAAUCCCAAAAAACGAGCUGGUCGGAAGAAAUUUCAAGAAACCCGCCACCCUGUUUUCCGCGGCAUUAGGCAGAGGAAUACCGGCAAGUGGGUUUGCGAAGUCCGGGAGCCCAACAAGACAACCAGGAUUUGGCUUGGAACUUUUCCGACAAUCGAGAUGGCGGCGAGGGCUCAUGACGUGGCGGCGCUAGCUCUCAGAGGACGAUCGGCUUGUCUUAAUUUCGCCGACUCUGCUUGGAGACUUAGGAUUCCGACAUCAACAGAUCCGAAAGAGAUUCAGAGGGCUGCGGCUGAGGCGGCGGAGGAAUUUCGGCCGUCACGUGUGACAGAGGAUGUCAUGAAUUUUCCGACCAACGAGAAUGUGGGAGACGACGAUUCGGUCUUAGGUGGCGGUGAACAGGUGGGAUUCUGUGCUGACAUGGCAGAAGGGCCUAUGUUAUCGCCACCUCGUUAUAGUACAGAGGGAUGUUAUUUCAACGAUAAUGAAGUGGACUUCUAUCAUGAUCUGACACUGUGGAAUUAUUGAGCUUAAGUAAUUAUUAAUUAUAGUUUAGUAAAUUUUGUACAAGUUAAAAGUUAUAUCAACAGUAAUUUUAUAAGCUGUUUGAAAUAACUUGUACACAAGUA